UAAUUGAUAAUGGCGUUUAAAAUACGUUUCUCAUUAUAAAAAUUGAUAUUUUUGUCUUUAAAAAAUAUACUGUGAGAAAUAAUUUGUGCAAGUAGUGACUUUAUGUAUUUAACUGUCGUAUAAUGCAAUAAAGCAUUUAUAUCGAUUUUGUGACAGAAAAAACAUUCCAUUAAAAAAUUUUCUCUUUUGGAUCUGGUAUUCAGAGAUAAAAAAAUUAAUUAAAGUAUAUUUAAAUGUUCAACGUAAAACACUAACUCUUGUCAGUCAAAGACUUUUUACAGUUUAGAGAGUAAAACAAAGUUGCUUAAAAGAUUCUUUAUGAAUAUUGAACAUGGCUAAUUCAAGGAAUGAGAAUCGAAUUAAAUCAAUACAAGAACUCAAUAAAACAGCACAGGUGAAUUUGGUUGGCCGUGAUCCUAAAAAUGUGUUUGAAAGACUUAAUUCAAUACGUGAUCAAGGAAAAAGCGCAUUAAAACAGCACAAAGAAGAAGAAGCAUAUAUAUUUUUUCGGCGAUGGCAAAAUUGUGUCGAGUACAUCAAAAACCGUGAGAAACAAAAAACAAAAACAUUUUCUUUUCUCGUGUGCGAAAAAGAUGAGGAUGAAAUCAAAAAUGAACUUCAAAAAUUAAAUGAAUUUUUAACAUCUCGAAUUAAUAAGGCAAAAACUGUAAAUAGUGAACUUAGUAAUACAAAAGCUAAGUCUUCUUUAAUUAAGUCUUAUGUCGACGAUCCUGAAAUACCUUCAUUACCUGAAAUACCACCCGAAGAUCCAAUCAUCGAAGAUUCGGAAGAAAUAACGUGCAUGCAACUUUAUCAAUUAUUAAAAACGUCAGACAAUAAAAUUCUUCUCAUUGAUGUUAGGCCGCAAAAUGAUUUCACAAAUUCUCAUAUUCAAAAUGAAAAAUGUAUAAACAUUCCUUCUGAAGAAAUUAAAAAAGGAAUAUUGUGUAAACGUUUUGAAAAUUUAUUUAAAGAUAAAGCUACAAAACAAUUGUUUGAAAAUCGUAAAUCCUCCGACAUUGUUGUAUUAUUAGAUUGGUAUUCAUCUGAAGAAUUUUUAAAAUGCAACGAUCGUCUAAAUACAAUGAAGGAUUUAUUGCAAAAUUGGGAUCCCGGUGCAGAAUACAAACGAAUAGUAAUUUUACAAGGUGGAUAUAAAGAGUGGCUCAAUCGUUAUCCACAAUUUGUAACAAAUCACGAUGUAAAGGCACCCGAUGUUGAAGAAAAUUCACUAAAUGAAAUUUUAGAUAAUUUUGAAUUUCCAUCGAUAGACGAUGAGAUUCUCAAUACAUACAAGUCAAAUAAGAAAAAUACAUUAGUUGAUAAGAAAAUAUUAAGGGAGAGUCAAGUUAAUAAUCAUAUUGUUAGUAGAGAUGUAAAUAUUCAACCGGUGAAUAAGACAUACGAUUCAGCAAAUAAAUGGAGAUCUUCAGAAUCGUUAGACGAUGAAAAGCCCGUGAAUUCAUUUUUAAUUGAAAAUGGAUUAGAUGAUAAAGUAAUUAUAAAGAAAAAAGAUAUUUCACAAGCCAAAAUUUUUAAUACCAAAAUAAUUGAUAUUCCAAAACCAACGUUUGAUCGAAGCAAUAAACCUGCUUCUUUGUUGCCACAAAAUACAGAAUCAAGAAUCACUUCGUUAAUGGAGAAUCUUUAUGGAGUGAAAAAAAAAUAUGAGGAAUUAGACAGUAUAAUAUUGCAAUUGGAAAGAAAAUGGCUUCAAUGUAAGCUUAAUGGAGAUAGUCAAUCUAUAGAGAUGGCUUAUGAAAAAUGUCGUUUAAAGAAGGAAGAAUUAAAAAGUCUGGAGGAAAAACGCAUUCAACUUGAAAAUGAACUUAGAUCUAUGAAUUAUUCGAAAGAAGAUGCUUUGAAAAUUGUAAAUCAACAAUUACAAUCACGAUUUUUAAUAAAUGAAGAAAACCAAAUAUCAAUCUCGUCUGAACGAAAGAAGAUUCAUGAAUCAUUUAAGCAGAAACGAGAACAAAAACAUUCCCUGUCGCAAAUUGAUGAAAGUGACAUUCGUAAGGAACCAUUAAAAGAUAGUUCUUCAACAAAUACCAGUCUUACCCGAUCAUAUUCUAGUCCAAACCUUGCCCAGAUCGAAGAUCGAAAAGUGCCAGAAAUAGAUAGAACCUCUAAGCCAAGUAUGGUAUCGAAGGAAAACCGAAUUACAAAUGUAAAUAAUAAUAUUAAGCGAUCGUCAAUGAAUGUAAAGGAUCGGGAAGACCGAAUGGAACCGGUCUUUAGAGGAGAGAGACAUCCAGGAAUCACAGGACUUAAAAAUUUGGGAAAUUCGUGCUAUAUGAACAGUAUCAUUCAGUGUUUGAGCAACACGGCAAAUUUAGCAAAGUACUUUAAUGAUAAUUUGUAUGUAGAUGAUCUUAAUAAUAGUAAUGAAAAUGGAACUCAAGCUCAAGUAACUGAAGAAGUUGCUCAUGUAAUAAAAGCCCUUUGGCGUGGUCAAUAUAAAAGUAUAUCACCACGUGAUUUAAAGGUUGUCAUUGGACAAUAUAGGCUACAAUUCGAAAGUUUUGAGCAACAAGAUUCUCACGAAUUUUUAACAUUUUUAUUGGAGUGGAUGCAUAAUGAUUUAAAAAAAAAGGAUAAAAUUAUAGUCAACGAUCUUUUGACAUCUGCCGAAAAAGAAUGGAUUAAAGCAAUGAAUGGACAAAAUUCAAUAAUUUCACGUUUAUUCUUUGGUCAAUAUAGAUCAACAAUAACUUGUGCCACGUGUGCAAAAAAUAGUGUAAUUUACGAGACGUUCAAUAAUUUGACAAUGUCUUUACCUCCAACAAAAUGCACAUUAGACGAAUGUGUGAAAAAAUACGUCAGCGGACAAAGAGUUUUCGGUUGGAAAUGUCCACAUUGCAAAGUAGAAAGAGAGGCAACGAAGAAAUUUGACUUUAUUCGAUUAGCGCCAAUUGUCGUUAUACAUUUGAAUCGUUUUGGAGAAAGUGACGGUUGGUUAGAAAAAAGAAAUACACAAGUUGAUUUUCCCUUAACGGAUUUCAAUUUGAGACCCUAUGUAGUAAAUGACACAAAUACGAACAUCAAUACCAAUAGUUUAGGAUAUAAUUACAGUCUGUAUGCCAUGUCUAAUCAUUAUGGGACCAUGGAAGGAGGACAUUACACUGCGUAUUGUAAAAGUGCCCCUCAAAACAAGUGGUACAAAUAUGAUGAUCACACUGUUGCUGAAGUCUCGCCAAAUCAAGUAAAAUCACAAAAUGCCAGCGCAUAUUUAUUAUUCUACACGUCAUUACAAACUGGACCUUUUUCGUAUAUUUAGGAAGAACUCUCGCUCUCGGAAAAUGUUCAAGAGAAACGAAGUACUCUCAGUUAUCUUUAUCUGAUAGAGAGAAAAUUAAGAGGCACUUUUAAUGUUUACUUUUUCAAAUAAAAAAAAAAAAAAGAAGAAACAAUUGAAAGUGAAAUUAAAAUAACAGUGUGUGAUAAUACUAUUGUACGCUUGUACACAUUGUUACACUAAUUCAGGACAAUGAACCAUUAUUUCAUUUAUAUCAAUGCUAAUGAAUCUUUAAAUUUACGAGUCUUAUUAUAAUUUAUUUUCUAUGUUAAAAGAUAGAAAAUUUAAUAAUCAUUGUCUAACAAUCUAUUUCAAUUUUUUUCUUUUUUUUUACAGAAUUGUUUAAAUUUAUUGUUAAUUUAUUUAUAUUUUUUGUACAGUGUUUAUUCAAGGAACGUGUUUUUAGUUUAUCUAACAGUAUUUAUUUAAUUGAGAAUUUUAGAGAUUUCAAAUUAAAAUUUGUGCAUAUAUAUUUUUUAAUUAACUUUUUUUUGUAAUGCAAAAAUAAAAUUGUUAUUCAUGAUUAGUCGUGUAGUAAAUAGGUAAUAAUAUUUUUGUAAUUACUGUCAAGAAUUAGUGUUAUAAUGUACAGCAAAUUAUGUAACUCACUAUCGGAUUUCAUGUAAAGCUUAAAAAAAAUAUUCGAUAAUCCACUCUUCAUUAGCAAUAUUUUAGUAAAAACAUUUUAAGAAAAAAAAUGUCAUUCUUUUUGGCAAUUAUCUGAUAUUGAUCUUUACAAAAUUGCGUGCCUAUAAUAUAUUUCGCGUAUUUUCUCUUAAAUAAUAUAUACAUAUAUAACUAUAAGAAAAUUGCUUUUUUUUGCACGUGUGAAAAUUACAUUAAAAUAAAGAAAAAGAAGCAUUUACAUUUCAAUCCGAUAGAUUUUAAAAGCUUUAGACAGAACUAAUAAUAAUAAUAAUUAUUAUUAUUAUUAUUAUUAUUAUUAUUAUUAUUAUCAAUGGUGCUUCGUGCAAUGUGUAAAUAUGUAAAUAUGUACCAAAAAGACAAGUAUUUACCUGUCCAGUUUUAAUUUAAGAGAGCUUUUACGUAUCAGUGGAGUUAAACAAAUUUCUUACAAUUUUUCUAUGAUUAGAAAAAUAUAGGAAAUAAUAUAUUUAAUUAAAUAGUUUCAAUAACUCCCUGUCGUGAAUAUAAUAUCUGCUUCGUUGUACAUUGAGUGGUGAUAAAAAAUUAUUUCUGUUUUCAUCUUUAUGUUCUUUUUUUAGAAAACAAAUAAAACAACAUCGAAUUACAUAUUUAUUCUAUAUUGGAUUUAUGUACACGAUAAUUGCAUAAUAAUUCAACAAUAUUUUACAUAUUUAGUCAACACAGGAAAUUUUAUAUCUUUCUAAAAUUCAAAAAGCGCACUACUCGUGUACACUUUGCUUAUUUAAGAUGUAAUAAAAAAUCAUUUUCAAAUCAUUAA